AUGGCCGAGAAGCCUUCGGUCCUGAUUAUUGGAGGGCUUGGCUACAUUGGCCGCUUUCUGGCCCUCCAUAUCCACCAGAACGAGCUCGCUUCCGAUGUGAGGCUCGUUGACAAAGUCCUGCCUCAACUCGCAUGGCUAGCUCCUGAGUUCUCCGAAGCCUGCUCACAAGACAAAUUCAUGCAGGCUGAUGCCAGUAGACCUGAUGGAAAACAAUGGGACUAUGUUUUUAACUGUGGAGGUGAGACGAGGUACUCACAGGAGGAUGAGGUCUACAAGCUUCGAUCGUUGAACCUUUCCAUUGCAGUGGGCAAAGAGGCGGCCAAAAGAGGAGUCAAGGCCUUUGUUGAGCUGAGCACAGGCAUGGUGUACAAGUCCGACUCAUCACCAAGCAAAGAGGGAGAUAAAAUCAAACCUUGGAACCGGAUUGCUGUGUUUAAGCUGCAGGCUGAGGAGGAGCUCUCCAAAAUUGAAGGCCUGAACCUCAUCAUCGUGCGUUUACCGCACGUCUAUGGACCCUAUGCCUCUCAGUGGGUCGCGACGGCAUUGUGCAUGGCUCGCACUUAUCAACACCUUGAAGACGAAAUGAAGUGGCUUUGGACCAAGGACCUCCGAACUAACACAGCACACAUUGACGAUGUAACACGGGCUUUGUGGGAAAUCGCAGCAUGGUUUGAUGCAGGCAAGGCGAAGUGGGACGAGGCCAGCAUGGGCAAGAUCCCCAUCUUCAACAUCGUGGAUGAGGGUGCGACAAGUCAGGGCACCAUAGCGACAAUUAUUGGUGAUAUUUUCAAGAUCGAGACAGGUUUCCAGGGCCAGCUUAUCAGUACAUUUGCUCGACUCAACCUCGAUAGUGUUGUGGACGAUGUUAAUGACGAGCUCCUGGGACCAUGGGCCGACCUCCUCGCAGAUGCGGGCAUUACACGACCGGGCCCGCUGACUCCAUUCAUGGAGAAGGAAUUACUCAAGGAUACGGACCUCAGUAUGGACGGAACGCGGCUCAAGACACUAUUGGGUUUUGAGUACAAGAAGCCUGCCCUCACGAAGGAGUUGAUCGAGGAAGUGAUCGAGAGCUACAAGAAGAUGAAGUGGUGGCCUUGA